CGCCAGCUGGAGACAGAUCGCGCCUAUCCUCUCCCCUCUUCCGUCUCUCUGUCGUUCCCAUUCCUCCACUCCGUUAUUCCUUUUAUUCGUCUUCAUUCGAAUCUUUUUUCUCGUCAAGGAGUCAGGAAUAGAAAAAAAAAAAAACAGAGACAGGACAAGACAUUUAUUCAUCGGCAAUUUAAAUCCGACAUAUUCACAGAUCACAAUGUUCCGCCUCUCCGCCCAGUCCACCCGCCAGGCUGUCCAGCGCCUCGCUGUUCAGAUCCGUUACCAGUCCACCAGCUCCUCUGCUGCCGCUUCUAGCAAGAGCGCCAUGCACAUGUCAAUGGCCGCUGCUGGUGUCGCCACUGUUGGCGCUCUUGCCUAUCUAUCGAUGGAAUCUGUUGAUGCCAACAUGGCUGCCGAUGGUCUUCACCCCCCAGCCUACCCCUGGGAGCACAAAAAGAACCUUGUUACCUUUGAUCACGCUGCUAUCCGCCGUGGUUAUCAGGUUUACAAGGAAGUCUGCGCUGCCUGCCACUCACUCGACCGCAUUGCCUGGCGCAACUUGAUCGGUGUCUCCCACACCGAGGCCGAGGUCAAGGCCAUGGCUGAAGAGUUCGAGUACACGGAUGGACCCAACGACGUUGGAGACAUGUUCCAACGCCCUGGAAAGCCUUCGGAUUACAUGCCGCGCCCCUAUGCCAACGAGGAGCAGGCGCGUGCUGGUAACGCCGGUGCCUACCCCCCAGAUCUAUCGUUGAUGAUCAAGGCUCGCCAUGGUGGUGCCGACUACGUCUUCUCUCUCUUGACCGGUUACCAGGAUCCCCCAGCUGGUGUUGAGAUUCGUGAGGGACUUAACUUCAACCCUUACUUCCCUGGCGGUGCUAUUGGUAUGGCUCGUGUCUUGUACGAUGGUUUGGUUGAGUAUGAGGAUGGUACUCCUGCUACGACCUCGCAGAUGGCCAAGGAUGUCACUAUCUUCCUUAGCUGGGCUGCUGAGCCCGAGAUGGAUGAGCGCAAGAUGAUGGGUAUGAAGGCCCUGACUAUUCUGGCGCUCUUGACUGGCCUCUCGAUUUACCUUAAAAGGCACAAAUGGGCAGGCCUCAAGACCCGCAAGAUCCUGUACAACCCCCCUGCACCAAAGAAGCACUGAGAAAGGAAAAGCAUAGACACAAAAAAUAAAAUAUCGUAUAACAUAUUCAGCU